CGGUUCCUUUCAUUAUGGCCAAAGUGCCCGCCGUGCCCUCGGCUCCGACCACCCUGCAGGGGAAGAGCUCCAGCCUGCCCAGCGCCCUGAGGGGGCUCAUUAACAACGCUCAGUACAGUGACGUCUCGUUCGUGGUGGGGACGGAGCGACAGGUUGUCCACGCUCAUCGCUGCGUCCUGGCGUGCCGCUGUCCGGUCUUCCAGAAGAUGUUCAGCCGUCAGCUGCAGAGCGGCGCGCAGUCCCCGCAGGAGUCCCGGGUCCCCUUCAUCCUGGCAGAUACGACCCCCGCCGUGUUCCUGGCUGUCAUCGAAUUCAUCUACACCAACAGCGUGACCCUCGCCGCUGACAUUGUGAGUACAACAUUCUCCACGUGCCGGCCGGCUGAUUACACUGAACACGGGACGACACAUUGA